GCGACAUUAAAGCACCUGAGAAACACGCUGCUGCGCGAGCGCCAGGGAAAGUUGCAUUGCAGCGCUGGAAUGAAAAUGCACGGGCUAUUUUUGAAAAUCAACACACUGGACGUAUUUUACUUGGAUAUUUAAAGCUGAUAUUGUAAUCCGAAGACUGGAGUUUUGUUUUCCUUCCGUUCAAGUGAAUCAUUAAUAUGCGCUUUUUAACGCACCGGUGACGCGAACACUUCAUUUCCACACUGGAGAUCUGGGAUACGCCGUUAAAUGUCAAAAAUGACCAGCUGGCACGGUGUUCAAAGUGACUCAGCCCCUCUGGAAUAAACUUUCCUGCAGUGUGUGUGUGUGUGUGUGUGUGUGUGUGUGUUUGACAGCGAGAGAGACAGUUGGAUGUGCGCGCAUGAUGAGCUCGCGGCUGCUGCUGCUGGCGCUCGCGGCGCUCGCGGCGUGCCUGCGGUCCGGUCGCGCGCAGGGAGACCCUUUCCCUCCAUCUCUGGUGGAUUUAGUGAUGAACAGUCCGAUCUCAUCCGUAGAUGAUCUGAAGAGACUUCUGGACGUAGAAUCCGUAGAGGAAGAUGAUGAGAAGCCCGAGAAUGAGAUGCACUCUAACGGAACACACAGACGUCUUCCCAGAAGCCUUAAUGUUCAGGUGGCCCAGCAGGCGAUGUGUAAGGUGAGAACAGAAGUUAUGGAAGUGACCCGUUCAAUGUUGGACAGACGGAACGCCAACUUCUUGUUAUGGCCUCCGUGUGUGGAAGUGCAGCGCUGUUCGGGCUGCUGCAACACACGUGUUUUACAAUGUGUGCCAGUCACCACAGAAACACGACAUUUACAGAUGACAAAAAUCCAGUUCAUCAACCGACAGCCAGUCUACGAGAAGGUUGUCAUACCCGUGGAGGACCAUGUGACUUGUAGUUGUCAAUCACGUGUUUCUGCACAACCCCCACGGCUCCAGACCACACCCCUUCCUCCACCCAGACCCCACCCUAAAGUAACAUUACCAAAGACGCAAUCGAAAGAGGAGCUACACCGCAAUGAUGAACUUAAACAUAAUCAAAGGCUCCAUUUGGAGGAUAGAGAGAGUCAGGAACCACAAUGGCAGUCGAAAUACACAGUCGCGCACACACAAGGGUACCGACAAAGCCCAUACCAACAUACACUCACACCAGCAUUUAUUCAACCUUAA